GGAAAACACACUAUUUCACGAUCAAUUAUAUCUGUGAGAACGUGUCGCACGACUCAUUUAUAUUCUUUUGCACUUCUUUUCCUGCCCAGAAGCAAAUAUUCAGUUCGGACUUGCACUUUCAGCUGAUCGCACCAUGAAGACUCUCCUCGCAAUUUUCCUCGUGACGUGUUGUGGUGUCACAAUGAGUGUUGCGGAUAUAUUCAAUAACUACGAUCAACCUGCGGAUGAUUAUGUGAACGCAAUUAUUGUGGAAAGUGUGCAAAAGUAUGCUCACAAACCUUCAGACAAGUCUCAAGACAGUGGCAACGAUAACUCACAAUAUUAUCAGAAGGAUAAAGAGAACAGUGAAGAGGCGCAGAAGUCAUCAACAAAUCAAUACAUGCAAUUUACACAAGACUUUUCCAACCAAUAUGCUUCUCAGUCUACUCAAUAUCUUCCUGAUCAAAAUCAGCAGCAACAACAGCCUCAACAGCAACAACAAUAUUCACAACAAUGGCAGCAACAACAGCCUCAACAGCAACAACAAUAUUCACAACAAUGGCAGCAACAACCUCAGCAGCAACAGCUAUCGCAACAGCAACAGCCUCAAAUGCAACAACAAGCUCAACAACAACCAGACUGUCAGCAACAGCAGCCACAAUAUUCACAAUCGCAGCAACAACCGCAAAUGCAACAACAAUAUUCACAAUUGCAGCAGCAACAACCGCAAAUGCAACAGAAAACGCAAAUGCAACAACAAUACACACAAUUGCAGCAACAACAGCCCCAACAGAACCAACAAUAUUCACAACAAUUGCAGCAGCAACCGCAAAUGCAACAACAACAGCCAAUGCAACAGAAACCCCAAAUGCAGCAUCAAUAUUCACAAUUACAGCAACAACCGCAACAGCAACAAUAUUUACAAUUGCAGCAACAACCACAAAUUCAGCAACAACCGCAAAUGCAGCAGAAACCUCAAAUGCAACAACAAUAUUCACAAUGGCAGCAACAGCCCCAAGUGCAACAGCAACAACCGCAAAUGCAACAACCGCAAAUGCAACAACCGCAAAUGCAACAACCGCAAAUGCAACAAAUGCAACAGCAACAACCGCAAAUGCAACAACCGCAAAUGCAACAGCAACAACCGCAAAUGCAACAACCGCAAAUGCAACAACCGAAAAUGCAACAGCAACAACAGUCUACAAAGUCACAACAAUAUUUUUCUCUGCAAUAUCCACAAUUUGGUUCAUUUUCUGCUCCUUCAGACUCUAACAAACCAAUUAAAAAAAAUGUGAAUCACCAAAAUGUUCAGCUAAUCAAUAUGGGACAGCAAAGUACUUCUAAUUCCAAGUAUGACGCUGAUGAGGAGGUGUACAAGCAGCCAGCAGAACCAGACUAUCAGUCCAUAACCCUCGAGAACGCCGUCUUCAGUCCGCCAAUUGUGCCGUCGAUGGAUUUUGGACCCAUGGGUCCGUCUUAUCCGCUGCCUUACAAGCAUAUGCAGUGAAUUCGGUGCACUGUGAGUCAAUUGUUCAGCUGACAUCACAGCGAGACAUCUUAUCGCGGAAAUCGUGACUUUUAUACAAAAAUGCAGACUUUUUAUCGCAUAACGACAAUUUCAUUGUGCCUUUCAAAUCUUAUCAUGAGAGUGUGUAAAAAAGAAUUUUUCUAAUUGCUUUUUCACCUUUUAUAGGGCAAUGAGAGAGUGAAACGUGUACAUUUCCCAGCCUUUCUAGAUUACCUGAUCCUGGAGGACAUCCAGACUCUUUACUGUAUUAGGAAUAAAUAACUGAGUGUAUAAUAAAAUAUAUUUGGAAAUAU